GCUUCUAAACUGGAUAUCAGCUGAGAGACACUCUCACACUUUGCCAGCAUCAGAGGAGUGCAGAAGUGGAGAAUCACCUAAAUUUCCACAAAGUAAACACAAUGACAAUUCUCCAGAUGCGACUCUGGUGUUUCAUAUUUCUACUUACUGGAAAUUUAGUUGAUUCUUCAGCUCUGCCCUCCACUGCUAACCCAGUGCCUGUCAUGACCAUGGUGGGGAACCAGGUGGUCCUCCCCUGCAGCUGGAAGGACUCCCAGAAAGAAAUGGCAGCGUCCGGCUGCCACAUCCAGUGGAUGACUCCGCCACACACCGUGUUUGAACAACUUGGAGAAGACAGGUGGCAGGGGGCGGAGUACGAGGGCCGGGUGGAGGUGCCUCUGGAGAAACUCAACUCCGGGGAUUGUUCCCUGAUAAUAAAGGACGUUCAGAUAGGAGACACUGGGAGAUAUGAGAGCUUCCUAGUGGUGGAUGGCGUGAGGUCCCAAAAGACCAAAGUUUUCAUUCAGAGUGUCAAAUUGUCUGUGACAGACCACAAAUCCCAGAAGAGUCUUUACCCAGGGGACGACCUGGUUUUGAAGCUGUACACCCCUCACUCAUUUGCAGUGGUCUUUCAGAGCAGGAACAGUUCAGAGUGGGUGAACUUGUGGAAGAGAGGGGAUGAAAACAAUGAACGCAUGGAAAAACAUCAUCAGCUUGAACAAUUAACGAUAAAGAAUCUUCAAUACUCUGAUGAAGGAAUAUACAAAGUUUUGGAUGAAAACGACCUCUCUGUCAGCACCAUACAGCUGUACAUAAAGGAAAAAUACAUGUCAUCGAGAAUCCAAGCAAAGCAGGAACAAAUUCUGAUAGAUGCUGCAGCUACAAGCAGCAGUUCACCUCUUCUCUUGUCUGUUCUGCUCUCGUUUUACCAAAUCAUUCAUCUUCACUGAGACAUAUUUUUCUGCUGUGUAACUAUCAACAAUAUCUACAGAAUUUAGCACUCUAUGACCAGCAGACAGAGAAGAUUUGUAAGGAGAAGUAACAACAAGCAUUGCAAUCCUACGCUUGACUAAUUCUGAAACACUUUUAUUAAACAGUCUGGUCCAUUUCUUUCAUCUGUCUAGCAGCAGAAACAUUGUUCUUUUUUAUAUAUUCUGUUUCUCAUAUUUGCAAAUUAUUAUUUGAGCUAUUAAAAAUGUUUGGUUCCAGUUACAACGUUUUGUGAACCACUGCUUCAAAAUUACAUAGCAGAGAUCUUGCUUUUAUAUUUAUGGGUGGCAUAAAUGGUCAUAAUUCUUUUUAUACAUUUAAUCUACAUAUUUAAUCUAGGGUGUUUUGGUCUUUUCCCUCCUUUUUGUUAAAUACCAACUCUUUAUUAUUAAUUCAAAAUUCAGAGUAAUCAACAUGAGAAACCUUACUAGUUUUCUAGUUUAUAAAAAAAUGGUUGUUAGUUUUGAAUUAUGGUUUUGUUACAAGGUAAUAAACAGUUAAUUUAGCAAAAACACAACUUGGCUGGACAGAGAGGCUGAAGAUACUGAUUAUUCUGAGAGAGGCCAAGAACAGAGGGGACCUCUAUGGCCUUAAAACAAAUCCCAGAAAGGUCAGUAGUUCAUGUGAACACUAUUUCAUCAACAUGCCGAAUGGUUCUUUACAAAAAAGCUAAGUAACAUAGGAAAUGGAAGCUGGCAGUGCAUCGUCAAUAUUCUUUGUAAAACAUUUUGAGAACAGGAAGUGUGUGUGGUGUGAUAGAGAAAUUGACAAAAAAUAUUGGGGUGUAAAAAGUUAUAUCCUUCUUUUUUAUUAUUUCUUAAUAAAGAAAGAAAUAGGGUCUCUUUUGCUACAGAAACCCUAAGGGACACUGAAGGAAGAAAUAAACUUUCUCGUACGCACCAGAUACUAUCUUGUGUGCACCACAUACUUUCUUGUACAUACCAGAUAGUAUCUCUUGCCCAUCAGAUAGCAUCUUGUGCAACCAGAUACUUUCUUGUGCACAACAAAUAAUAUCUGGUGCGCAUGAGAAAGUUUAUUUUUAUGUUUUCCUUCAAUGUCUUUCAAGGGGUUCUGUACAUUGCUUUCUUUCUGACUUGAAGUGAAAUGUUCAUAGUUUCUGUUCUCAGCAUAUUUCACUUAUAAAGAUCAUUGGUGAUGCACUGCCUCCUUCCAACAUCUCCAUUGUAAAAAAAUCUUUAGCUCCCUUGUAAGCACAAUAAUGGUAUAAAGGUUCAGAAAAUAGCAUUUCAAUAAAGUAUUAACACCUUUUUCAGAAUAGAGAUUUUUUUUUUAAUGCAGUAGAAGUCCAUUUUGAUCUGGGUGCCUCUCGAACAAGUGGUUAGCUUCAGCCUCUGUGAUGACUGAUCUGUAUCAAUAACAAUUAAAAAAAACUUCAAGAGACAAGAAGUGCUUGUACCUUUUUAACAAAAUGUCACUUCCAAAAUUCAGACCUCUCCAUCUAACAAUCAGAUAUUUCACAGUGAAAUUUUGUUGUCUAAAACCUCUCUAACAGAGCUUAAGAGACCAAUAAAAUAAUUCACUAAAACUAUGACUUCAAAAUGUUCACAUUUUCAGUAAUUGUUUUAAGUUGUACCAAUUUGUGAUUUUAUAAAAAAAUAAAAUAAAAUUGUUAAAAAUUAUAAACAAAGCUUAUUCAAAACUUUCUUGACUGUAUUUGUAGAAAACUUUAAAACUUUUAAAGCAAAUAUAGCUAAUUAGAAAUUGACAUGUAUGAUCUCAUAUCUGUAAAAAAUAAUGUAUUUAUUAUUUAAUUUAAAUCUGAAAUAAAGAAAUAAAUAAAAAAAAAGUUUUUUGCUUUUUAUUCAUUUUUAACUCAUUCAGAAUGUUUGGUUACAUGGGAAUGGCUUAAUACACACGUUCACAGGAAUAGAUUUAACACAAAGGACAAAGAAACAAAGACAUACAAAGACAAACAUUUAGUUUUAGGAGAAAUGCAGUUUCCCUUUAUCAUGAAUACAUGUAUUGUAUUCACACUGAAUACAAUACAUGUAUACAUGAGUUAUUGCCUUUCUCUUUGUGAACAAAUCAGGUUUAGUAAAUGGUUACUGGGAUUCUUUCUCCAUUUGUGUUUUUGUAUAUUUUUGCUGUUUCUUAUUAUGGUACUUAUUAUCUUUUUAAAUCAAGUCACUUUCACCUACUUUUCAGAUGUUUCAUAUCCACUUUGACAAAAAAAUAAAAUAAAUCAAUAAAAAGUGAUCGGCUCACAGUCAUAGGAAUAUGUGGUUUGAUAAUAUAUUAUUUUGAAUUUUAGAUAUUUUGGUUCGGUCAGGGUCCCUAAUAAAUUCAUAAUAGAUGACUGGCUUAAGGAGGGAUCAGAAUCAUGUUAAUUAAAAUAGGUCAGAAUGUCAAAUCUUCAGAAAAUAUUACAUGGUUAAAUCACAUGAGAGUUGAUCAGUUUCUGACAAUAAUUCAUCAAAAUAUUAAAUAUGUUAUGACAAGUAUGGAAUGGGAGCAGGCUGGGACUUAUAGACGUGUUGAUAAAAACAGUUGAGUUUUUCCAAAUAUUAAUGCAUUUAGGAGAUAAAAUCCAAAGAUUGAUUGUUCUAAACAAAGAUAAGAGAUGCUCCUUGACUUUUAAGUUCAAACCUAUAACAAUAGGAUUUGCUGACAUGAAGAAAAAAAAGCACAUUGCUUAAGGGUCAGGGCUUUUCUCUACCCAGUGCAGUGUUAUAAAUCACAAACAAAUGCAAGUGUUUCUUCCAUGUUAGGGGAGAAAGAUUGUGGGCUUUUUCCAGAGAAAACCAUACACCUUCCUCCAUAUACAUCCAC